UUUCAUUAACCAGCACGAGCGUGAUCUCGAAGUCAUCUCUUCUCCUUCGACUCAUCGCAUAGAUCCAUCUCCAUUUCCCUUCUUCGCCAUUGACGACGCAUUCAGAUCCACUUCCAUUCCAUCCAUGGACCAUUCCCAGCCUUCUUCCGACCGUGACAAGCCUGGCGCCCCCAUCGCCGCCGUUUCUAGCUUCUGGAGAGAAUUUGACUUGGAAAAAGAAAGAAGUGGCCUUGAUGAGCAAGGCUUAAAAAUUGCUGAAAACCAGGAAAAUAGCCAGAAGAACAGGCGAAAGCUUGCAGAGAGUACUCGAGAUUUCAAGAAAGCAUCAGCAGAGGAGAAGCUAAAUUUGUUCAACUCCUUACUGAAGGGUUAUCAAGAAGAAGUUGAUAAUCUGACAAAGAGAGCAAAGUUUGGUGAAAAUGCUUUUCUUAACAUCUACCAAAAGUUUUAUGAAGCUCCAGAUCCAUAUCCAGCUCUUGCUUCUAUUGCUGAGCAAGAUUUUAAGCUGUCUGAACUUGAGUCUGAGAAUCGGAAGAUGAAACUUGAGCUUGAAGAGUACCGGACUGAAGCUACUCAUCUAAAGAAUCAGCAAGCUACAAUACGAAGACUUGAAGAGCGUAACCGACAGCUAGAGCAACAGAUGGAGGAAAAGGUUAGGGAGCUUGUUGAGAUGAAGCAACGAAGCAUGGCUGAAGAAAAUCAGAAAACUCUUGAAGUCCUUAAAGAAAGGGAGCUCUUGUUACAGGAUCAAUUACGUCAAGCUAAGGAGAGUGUUAUGAAUAUGCAAAAAAUACAUGAAUCUGCCCAAAACCAAUUGUUCCAAUUGCGUGCUCAAUCCGAGGAGGAGAGAGCUGCAAAGCAAGCUGAGGUCAAUCUUCUUACGAAUGAGGUGGAACUGGCUCAGGCUCGUCUAAUUAGUCUUGAGAGGGAAAAGGGCCUCUUGCAUUCACAAUUGCAGUCAACAAAUGAAGGAGAUGAAGAUAGCAAAAUUGACUAUCAGGAGUCAAGUGAUAUGCUUGAAAAUUCUUUAAAUGCAAAGGAGAAGUUAAUAUCUGAGUUGAACACAGAACUUCGUAAUGUGGAGACCACUUUGUCUAAUGAAAGAGAGCAGCACAUGAAUGAAAUCAAGAAACUAAAUGCGUUGCUAAAUGAGAAGGAUGCUGCUAUAAUGACAAUCAAAAAGGAACUUCAAGAUAGACCGACUGCAAAACUUGUUGAGGAUCUUCGUAAAAAAGUCAAAAUUUUGCAGGCUGUUGGAUAUAAUUCAAUUGAGGCUGAAGACUGGGAACUGGCUACAAAUGAAGAGGAAAUGAGCAAGCUGGAGUCCCUCUUAUUAGACAAAAAUCGGAAAAUGGAACAUGAAUUGACACAAUUGAAGGUUAAACUUUCAGAAAAAUCAAGCAUGCUUGAAGCAGCUGAAGCCCAGAUUGCGGAGCUAACUGCCAAAGUUAAUGAACAACAAGGAUUGAUUGUAAAGCUUGAGGAUGAUAUAUUAAAGGGUUACAGCUCGAAUGAACGCAAGGGUUCAGUUUUGACGGAUUGGGAUCUUCAGGAUAUUGGUGCAGCUGAAGUGCCUGGGGGUUCAGAGCAGAGACAGGCAUCAUCUGAUCAAGACCAGAGUUCUAUGCUUAAGGUAAUAUGCAGUCAGCGUGAUCGAUUCAGAAAUCGGUUGCGAGAAACAGAAGAGGAAGUAAGACAAUUGAAGGAGAAAGUAGGGUUGUUAACUGAGGAGCUUGAAAAAACAAAAGCAGAUAAUGUAAAGCUUUAUGGGAAGAUUCGUUAUGUACAAGACUACAAUCAUGAGAAGAUUGUUUCUAGAGGACCAAAAAGGUAUGCAGAAGAUAUUGAGAGUGGUUUCAGUUCAGAUGUUGAAUCCAAGUACAAGAAGAUAUAUGAGGAUGAUAUAAAUCCUUUUGCUGCUUUCUCAAAGAGGGAAAGAGAUCAAAGGUAUAAGGAACUUGGUUUUAGAGAUAAAAUCACACUUACCAGUGGUCGAUUCCUUCUUGGCAACAAGUACGCUCGAACAUUUAUAUUCUUCUACUCCAUUGGAUUACACCUCUUGGUUUUCACAUGUCUCUACAGAAUGUCAGCAUUGAGCUAUCUCAGUACAACGCAUGGACAUGAGGAAAUCCUUGUCGACGCCAGUAACCACACACUUCCUCAUUGACACUAGUAAACCUGGUAAGUUCUGGAACAGCUGUUUGGGGUCAUAUACAUAUAUACUGGUAACUGGAUGCUGUAUGAGAUGAUAUGUUAAUGAAGACUAUAAACAAUGUCAUGUGUACAUAAGGCUGAGAGUUCUCUGAUUUUUUGUGAUGAGAAAGUCUGGUUUUCUUGUUGAUGUUUGGUAUUCAUGUAAAAUGAUAUAUUACAAGCAAAAGAAGCUGAUCAUGAAAAAUGUUUGUGUAAGUAGAAACUCUCAUGGACUGCAUGGUUUUCUUCCCACAGCAAUCUGGAAUCACUAAUAAUGGAAUGGAUUAUCUGUAUUAUGGAUGA